AGGAAAAAAAAUUAAAAAAAGGAGGAGAAAAGUGUGAAAAGUAUGGAACGAUCUAAGACAAGCGAUGAAGAGCUGUGAAAAUUCGUUUCUGCUCAGUCUCGAAGCAGCUUCUGGUUCCGCAUAAGAAAUCCCAUUGCAAUAGAGAAAAAACAUGCACUCUCACUCUCUCUCCUCCCGAGCUUCUGUUCUUAGCUCUUAUCCUUCUUCCCGCGUUUCCUCUACAAAGGUCUCAAGAGAACACCUAUCUCUUGCCAAACUACAACCAAUUUUUGGAUCCAAUAGGUCUAGGAGAUUGGUUGGGAACUCUCCAUUCCUGUUGCCACAGAGACUAUCAAUAUAUCGGAAGGCUGAGCAUGGUUCUCCAAUCGCAGCCAUUUUGAAAGACAAUAAUAGUUCAGUAAUGAGAACCAUCGAAGAAGAUACCGAAAAUAUUGGCAUCCUUGGGUUGGAUCCAGCCUUAGAACAAUGUAAAGAUCACCUGAAAUAUAGAUCAAAGAGAUACGUGGAGCAGAAAAAGCUGAUUGAAAAGCAUGAAGGAAGUCUCGAGGAACUUGCACAAGGUUAUUUGAAGUUUGGAUUUAAUAGAGAACAAGAUGGUAUUGUCUACCGUGAGUGGGCACCUGCAGCAGAGGAAGCACAGCUUAUUGGAGACUUCAAUGGCUGGGAUGGCUCCAACCACAGAAUGGAGAAAAAUCAGUUUGGUGUUUGGUCAGUCAAAAUCCCUGAUUCAGGUGGAAAACCAGCCAUUCCCCACGAUUCGAGAGUCAAAUUUCGCUUUAAGCAUGGUGAUGGAAUAUGGGUUGAUCGAAUUCCAGCAUGGAUCAAAUACGCAACAGUUGAUCCGACGAGAUUUGCGGCGCCAUAUGAUGGUGUGUAUUGGGAACCACCACCUUCGGAAAGGUAUCAGUUUAAGCAUGCUCGUCCCCCAACGCCCGACGCACCGCGCAUAUACGAGGCUCAUGUAGGAAUGAGUAGCUCGGAACCACGCAUUAACUCGUAUCGAGAAUUCGCUGAUGAUGUUCUGCCCCACAUAAAGUCAAACAACUAUAACACCAUUCAGUUGAUGGCUAUCAUGGAACAUUCCUACUAUGGAUCCUUUGGCUAUCACGUUACGAACUUCUUUGCUGUCAGCAGUAGAUCAGGAACUCCAGAAGACCUCAAGUAUCUGAUAGACAAAGCUCACAGCUUAGGCUUGCGAGUUCUGAUGGAUGUUGUCCACAGCCAUGCAAGUAAUAACAUAACCGAUGGUCUCAAUGGCUUUGAUGUGGGCCAGAGCACCCAGGAUUCCUACUUUCACUCCGGGCCACGAGGCUACCAUGAGCUAUGGGAUAGUCGAUUAUUUAACUACGCCAACUGGGAAGUUCUACGGUUUCUUCUGUCAAACUUGAGGUGGUGGUUAGAGGAGUACAUGUUCGAUGGUUUUCGGUUCGAUGGGAUAACUUCAAUGUUGUAUCAUCAUCACGGAAUCAACAUGGCAUUUACUGGGAAUUACACUGAGUAUUUCAGUGAGGCAACUGAUGUGGAUGCUGUUGUCUAUCUAAUGCUGGCUAAUCAUCUGACCCAUAAACUCUUGCCCAGUGCGACUGUUGUUGCUGAAGAUGUUUCGGGUAUGCCAGCUCUGGGUCGGCCUGUCUCCGAAGGAGGAGUGGGUUUUGAUUAUCGCUUGGCCAUGGCCAUCCCUGACAGGUGGAUUGAUUACUUGAAGAACAAGAAAGAUGAUGAGUGGUCCAUGAAAGAAAUUGUCUCGAGCUUGACAAACAGGAGAUACACUGAAAAGUGUAUAUCAUAUGCUGAGAGUCACGAUCAGGCCAUUGUGGGUGAUAAGACAGUUGCAUUUCUCCUGAUGGACAAGGAAAUGUACUCUGGCAUGUCUACUCUGACGACAGCUUCACCUAUUGUUGAGCGAGGAAUUGCACUUCACAAGAUGAUUCACUUCCUAACAAUGGCAUUAGGAGGAGAUGGCUACCUUAAUUUCAUGGGAAAUGAGUUUGGCCAUCCAGAAUGGAUCGACUUUCCAAGAGAAGGCAAUGACUGGAGUUAUGAUAAAUGCAGACGUCAGUGGGACCUCAUGGAUACAGAUCACUUACGAUACAAGUUCAUGAAUGCCUUCGACCAAGCUAUGAACGCACUUGAUGAGUCCUUUUCAUUCAUUGCAUCACUGAAGCAGAUCGUGAGCAGUGCAAGUGAAGAAGACAAGGUUAUUGUGUUUGAACGUGGAGAUUUGGUUUUUGUUUUCAAUUUCCAUCCAGAAAAUACAUAUCAAGGGUACAAAGUCGGGUGUGACUUACCGGGAAAAUAUAGAGUUGCGUUGGAUAGUGAUGCUUGGGAAUUUGGUGGAUCUGGAAGAGUGGGCCAUGACGUGGACCAUUUCACAUCCCCGGAAGGCAUACCGGGAAAACCGGAGACCAAUUUCAACAAUCGCCCCAAUUCCUUAAAAGUUCUAUCACCGCCUCGCACUUGUGUGGUGUAUUACAGGGUUGAGGAAGAUUUGGAAGGUGUUCAUGUAGAAGAGGUUGAAAUCAAGGUGACAGCGGAAGACGCCAUAGCAGAGGUGAAGAGUCCUGACUCAGAUCCUGAAGUAGGAGAGCUUGAACCUAUUGUGAAGGAAGAUACAGAAAUUGAGAUGGAAGAGAUAAUGUCAGAUGACAAAGCACCGCGGUUGGUCCCAUAGUUACUAGGAAAUGAGCUGGCCACUUCAUUCUCUUCACUUGAGUGCUAUAUGGGUUCAUGGGGUAUUAUUACUUACAUAGCAAUAAUCACAGUCUCAUCUCUGGCAAUUAUUGUGUAUACAACGUUGAUACUGCAUGGGGAUGGCUUGUGUACUAAUAAGCUCAAAAGCAAUGUGGAAAAAAAUCGUGUUUCUUCUACUAAAGUUCAUUUCUAUUUGACAAAACAGGUAAAUGGAAACGAAAAUGCUUAUCGAAAUUAAUUACUACAUCUUACUUGAGAAUCA